AUUCAAAACUUUCAACUAUUUUUUGGCAGCAAGUGUUUUAACGGUUAUUAACGGCGUAAUUGAGAAACAAAAGGACGGAGCAACGACGUAAGUAAGAGCUAGGAAAAUUAUCUAAAGCUUGUGGGAUGUUUAUAAUAUUUGCAUGAAUUAUUAUUAAUAAAAAGAAGCUAAUAACAGACAGUACUAAUUAAUGAUGGAUUGUCAUUUGGAUUUUAAUAAAAAAUUAAUGGCUAUUAAAGUCGAGCAUGAUGAUGUUUGCUAUUCAGAAGACGCUAAUGAUGUGAAACCGAGAUUAAAAUUUAAUAAUUAUGCUAAGUGUGGAAAUAAGUGCUUUGAUAUCGUUGACAAGUGGGUUAAUAAGGCUAUUGUCAAAGUUCCAACAGGUGAUAAUUGGCACAAUAUCAUUCAAAGGGAAAUCGCGCUGUUGAAAGUGAGAUACCCUUUCUUGACGGAGAAACAACUCAAAGGAAAAGCUCUGGUUAAAUUUGGAAUUCCUUGUUCUAUGGGAAAUAUUAUAAGAACCGGCGAGAAAAAAGUCACAGGUACGCUAGCCGAAGAGCUAUUGAAGACCCGAGAAAGAAAAUCCCGGAUUCCAGCACCGUUCAAAUUCGUCAAAAAACUGAACCCUUUUAUCAAAAAAUUAAAGUCAUCUUCUCCAUCAAAAAUAGAAGAUUACCUCAAUUCAACAACUUGUGAAAAAAAAUUUACCGAAAUGACAACAGUACCUUCAACUCCAAAGAAAGUUUACCGACUAUACGGACUGCGCAACCCUUAUUACUCCGACACCAAGGAGAAUUCUUGUCCAUCUACUCCCAAGAAGCGUAAGAUUUUCGACCCUGAAACUUACACGUGGACAGAAAUCAAUGAUGAUCAUCAAACUCCUAUUAAAAAACGCAAAUUAAACCGAGGAAAAUCAAGUAGAAAAAAAAUUAAGUAUCCUUUUUCUGGAAUAGGAGAAAGUGAUGAUGACGUUGCUUGUGAAUCCUCUCCGAGGUCAGAAGGAGGUUGGUCACAAUCUUCAAUAAGAAGAGAAUUGGUAGAGAAGCUUAAUAAAUAUCCCUUUGUUAAAUUGGACGAAUGUAAUGAAGACAAUGCUUCUCCUUCUAAAUCAUCUCCGCGAUCGGAAGGAGGGUGGUCAGAAUCUUCAAUAAGAAGAGAAUUGGUGCAGAAACUUAAUAAAUAUCCUUUUGCUAAAUUAGGUGAAUGUAAUGAUGAUAAGCAUGAGAAUGAAUUUGAAGAUUCUGAAGAAGUUCUUCAAGAAAAAUCAAGUCAAAAAAUUCUUCCAAGUUUAGAAGCUUCAAAAAUUGAUGAUAAUAUUUCUUCUCCAGCUUUGACAGAAUUUAUACCGACUCAAGGAUCUUCUCAAAGCCAAGGAAACUUAACGUAUGAUAUAAUCACUCCUUCGCCUAAUAUAGAAGAAUAUUUACCGACUCCAAUUAAUUCUCAAAGUCAAAAAGAUUCAAUAAUUGAUAUUAAUAAUAUAGAAAUUUCUCCACCAUCGCAAUCAAUAGCUUCGCAAGAUUAUUUUUAUCCAGCUGGUCAAAAAUAUCGCGAGCCUGUUUCACUGUCUGAGUUUAAUUCAGUACGUAGAUCCUUUGAGAGGCUAAGUUUCAAUGAAAGUGACUCGGAGAUUCCUUCUGGAGGUUUUAGUCAAUGCUCAAGCAUUGAUUCAAAGGAACCUUUUCCUACUCCAAUUUUCAACCGAUUUUUCAGUAGUCUUGAUCAUGAUUACGCUAAAAUUAAUGAUACUCAGCUACUUACUCCUUUUUUAGACUCACCAAUAAAUUCUCAGGCAGGUCCUGUAGAGCGGUCGGGUUUUAAAAAUGAUCCUUUGGAUUUGAGUAAGAAAUUUGAGGUAGAAAUAUUUACUCCUCUGUCACAAAGUUCGCAAUUUAGUUUUUUUCCAACGCCAAUUUUUCCAAAAUCUUUUGGAGAAAAUGAAUUUAGCGACAGUUCUGAGUCAUCUCCGGUAAAAUUGCUUUCUAAUUGCUGUGAUGAACUUAGUGAAGGCUGGAAGAAAGUUCCUCCGAGUUUUAUUGUUCCUGCAAGCACUGAUAUUAGCGAAAAAUUGAAGACUGUUUCGAUGAAGGAGAUUAAAGAACAGGUUCGGGGAGUUAUUAACUUCCUUGACGGCGCUUAAGCCGGAUAUAUGAUUUAAAGUAUUUAUUUUUUUUUUAUUACUCUGACAGUUUUUUUAGACAGUUUUUCGUUUUAUUUUUUUAUUUAACGUGUUUAAGCGUAUAGAAUACGCAAGAGGACAAAUGUUUUGUUAAAAAAAAAAGCAUGUUAUUAUAUUCACUAAAAAUGAAUUUUAUUUGAUUGAUAAUUUUUUCAAAAUUU